CAUCCCCCUCCCCCUCUCUCUCUCUCACUGGCUCUCUGCAACAGUAAAAAUACAAGCAAAAACCACGCGAAGAUCGUAGCUCUCUCUGCGCCAUGGGCUUCCCAGUAGGCUACACAGAGCUUCUUCUCUCAAAAGGACUAAUCCACACUCUUUCUUUUCUGGGUUUCAUUCGGAAUCUCAUAAGCACCCUCUUUCGCUGUCUGGGUCUCCCUGAUUUCCUUGAACCUGACAUUUCUUGGCCAGAAACACCUCCCCGUGUCCCUGAGUUCUACUCUGUCUCCGCUGUCCUCAUACGUGAGAUCCUCCCAGUUGUCAAGUUCUCCGACCUCGUCGACCCAGCUGACAGUUGUGCUGUCUGUCUCCACGACUUCGAAGACCAAGAUGAGAUCAGAUGUCUCACCAACUGUCGCCAUAUCUUCCACCGAACCUGCUUGGACCGGUGGAUCAGUUACGACCAGAAAACAUGCCCGCUUUGCCGUACGCCGGUUAUUCCUGAAGAUAUGCAGGCUGCUUUUAAUGAGAGGCUAUGGGCUGCUUCUGGGAUUCCUGACUUCCAUGGCGAGUAUUCCCAAAUUGCUGCCUUAUAGAUUUUAGAUUCAAUAAUUUCCAACCCAAGAAAAAAAAAAAAAGGAGGACCAAUUUUCCUAUUUUCUUGCAUUUUUUAUGAGGUGGGCGAUGUGUGUACAUAAAACGAAAAAAGAAAAUGGAGGAAAACGAAAACUUGUGAGAAUUAGACGAUUUUGUAUAGCAUUCUUACAAUUUCAGUCGCAUAAUAAUUUUUCUUUUUCAUGCCCAA